UUGAUCUACUGACCGGAAGCCGCACAAACAGAUUCAUACAAGCCUAAAUAUGACCAACGGACCCGAGCUGUGUUUACAGUAACGCAAAUACAGGCGCUUGCUAUGGAUUACUUCUGAAUUUAUUGCUUUGAUUUUAUUGUUUUUAGACGUUUAUUUAUAUAAGACUUUUUUUUAAGUCAUUUUUGUUGUUGUUAUGAUGAAGGCCGUGUCCGUGUGGCCGUUGUUUGCUGUGUGUGUGUUUUGUGUGUGUGUCGCGUAUAAACCGGUGAUCAUCAUUCACGGGCUCUUCGACAGUCCUGCUGAUUUUAUCAACCUUCACCGAUUCAUCAACCUGUCUCACCCGGGCACUAAUGUGACUGUCCUAGACCUGUUUGACCGCAGCGCCAGCUUGCAGCCGCUCUGGAAGCAGGUGGAGGGCUUUACAGAAGCCAUAUAUCCCAUCAUGCAGAACGCAGUCGAUGGCGUCCACCUCAUCUGCUACUCACAAGGUGGCCUGGUGUGUCGAGGAAUCCUGUCCACUCUUUCAGACCAUAAUGUGCACUCUUUCAUAUCUCUGUCUUCUCCGCAGGCAGGACAGUAUGGAGACACAGACUAUCUGAAGUACCUGUUCCCUCAGUUUGUCAAAUCCAACCUGUAUCACGUAUGCUAUACUGCAGUGGGCCAGAAAAUAUCAAUCUGCAACUACUGGAACGACCCUCAUCACAGAGACAUGUACAUCAACAGCAGUGACUAUCUGGCCUUACUGAACAAUGAAAGAGCAAAUCCCAAUUCCACUGCUUGGAAACAAAACUUCCUGCGCGUCAAGAAGCUGGUGCUGAUCGGUGGCGCUGAUGAUGGGGUCAUCACACCGUGGCAGUCAAGUCAGUUUGGUUUCUACGAUGAGAAUGAGACGGUCGUUGAGAUGAAAAACCAGAAAGUGUUUCUGAUGGACUUGUUUGGGCUGAAGACGCUGUACGCGCGAGGAGAUCUGAUUCUGUGUUCGAUGGCAGGUGUUGCACACAUCUUCUGGCACUCCAAUGAAACCGUUUAUAAGACCUGCAUUGAACAAUGGCUCACGUAGACACUGACGAAGGGCCACACUUGACUACAGAUCUUUCUCUGUUUUCUAUUCAUUGAUAGAAUCUUGCACAUUUCGUUACAGUAUACUAAUGCGUUGCAUCAGAACAUACAUUUUUGUUACUGCGUCCUCUACGACAGAGACACACACAUAGAAAGGUGAACACUAAAUAUAAAGAACAACCAUCAGUGCCUGAGGGAUACAUUUCUCAUUUUGCAGAAGGGUUUGGAUCCUAACCACUAGUUUUCAAUGUGUGUGUGUAUUAUUUUUUGUCACAUGUUUGAUGUGGACUGUGCUGCUGCAGUAACAUUCAUGCCUUACAUUUGAUCAUUUGAAAAAAAUCCAAGUGCUGCGUCGGACCGCACAUAGUAGCAGUGCAAUGAGAAAGGAGAGAAUGAGGGCGAAAGGGGAAAAAGGGAUAGUUUGAAAGAAAGAGGAAAGGGAAUCCAUUUGUUGUAUAUAAGAUUACCUCUCACUGCACAUCCUUCAAACCUCAGGCCAACGUCGCAUGUUCGGCCUCAUAGGGAUUUGAGUCUGAACGGCUCUUUCAUAUUAAACACUUGUGUUAGGGUAUUUUUACUGUUGUUUUAUGCUUCUAGAAACCUGGUGUUUUAUCAUCGUGCUCUAACAAGGUGUUCAGUUCACAUAGUGUUAAUGUUCACGUUUUUAAAAUGAUUCAUAGAAGGGAUUCAUAAAAGCACAAUUUGAAAGGAUGCCUUUAGAUGAAAGGAACUCGUUUCCCCUCUCUGAGGUGAAGCUAUGCUAUACAGACGAGUACUGUACGAAACAUAUUUUGCCAUAUUUAUUGAUAUCAUAGCAGUGUUAUGUGUUUUGUUUGAUGUUUUAGCUUGCUUUAACUGUUUUUAAUGAAAUGCUUGACAUUGGAGGAUUAAUGGAUAGUUUAACAUACCGUAUAAAUAUUGUGUCUGAAGUCAAAAAAUCCUUCAAUAUCGAAGUACACUUUUCAGCUAAAACUGGCUUUGUUCGAUAUUUCAAUACCAUGAAAAGAUGCACAUUUUGUAAAUGACUUGAGCUGCAUUACUGUUUUUACCUGAGCCAGGUUUCAGAAUAAAAUUUCCAUUUUAUGUUA